AGAGAGAGAGAGAGAGAGAGAGAGAGAUUCUCAUCAGUAUUAGACAAUAAUACAUCAAAUAGGAAAUAUCAAUCUUCAUAAAAGCUAAUAAUGACAGCGACCUUAACUGAUGUGCACUAUUAAAAAAAAAAAAAAAGAAAUGCAAAUUGUCGUACGUAGUGAGUCAUCCAUCGCUACACCAUUAAUAGUUCACAACGUGGCCUUCCCACUUACUGCACCAGUCAAAAAUAACGGGACUAUGAAGGUGACCAGAUUCUCCACACCCCGCCCUUCCCCACGCCAGCUGGAGCCGCCACCACCACCAACCAUGACACACAAGGAAACCACCGUGCUCUGUACUUCCAGCUUUCCGUGAUAUAUACGGUGGCACCAUAUGGAAGGUCUUAUUACAAGGCGGCCUCUCGCUGCUCGUGAAAAUGACGCCUCGGUUCAAACAAAAGAGUAACGCUGCACUUUCUUCAGGCCAGGUGGGACAAAAGGACAGGAGGACAGGAGGACACACCGAGGCUAACAUGUGCUUGGCUGCCGCAGCUCUCACUGCCCUCCUUAUUGUUACCGAUUUCGCAAGAGCGGGGGCAGGAUUACAGCUGUACGAUGGGGACGGGUGUCUGAACCGCUGCAUCGUCACCUCCCACUACAGUCCAGUCUGCGGCACGGACUACAUCACCUACAUCAACCCUUCUUCGCUGCGCUGCUGGAAGAAAUGUCACUACCCGGAGCUGGCCGUGGCUCACUUCUCCACCUGCAUUGAUUGGAUAACUGGGCAGGACCAGACGUAGAAUGCCGCGGCUCCUGCCAAUCUUCCCUCGAGUCACCCUGGAGCAACGCUGCUUUAGGAAGGCAGCUCGGCUCAUCACCAUGACUUGAACGGCGUGUUCUGUGUUUGCUUAGGUCAACUUUAGUUACUUGAUGGCAGCUUGCAUCAGAAUAUUUUUUUGCAUAACUUCUUUGUUUCCAUCUAGUCUCUGAAGGUCCAUACUUUGCCUCCUUGGCGGUAAUCCCACGUGGGGCAAGUUGUUCUGCUCACCAUCAUCUGGUGUGUGGUGACGACCGCUGCGUGCCAUCGCCAACAUGUGGAUAUGAUAUUAAACAUUUGCUACAGGGAAAAAUAUAGGCAGAUCUAUAAUAGAUGGUAUGAUAACAGAGGUAUGAGGACAGUUUAAGGUGAAGGAAAUGAAAUCUCGUCGAAAUAAUUUUUUUUUUUACAUAUAGUGUAUUUUUCAUAGCUUUGCCUGCUCAGAGUGUACAUAUCUGGCAGUGUAAUCGCUCAACCAUUCCUCAUGUUUAGAUACAAUCAGUGUUCCACCUGUGCAAAGAUGUUAAAAAAUGGGGCUUUUUAAUGAUUUAUGUACUUACUAUUUCUUAAGGAAGUCACUUGUCAUGCAUCAGCAGCAGGUUGUCUGACUGAUUAUAAGGUGCGUGGGCAUAUGGCUUUCCUUCAGUGAGGGACUAGCUGAUGGCUCACAUGUAAUACAUCAGCUAGGUCUCAUGGGGAAGAGAGAGAGAUUUUAAAUGCUUUGCAGCGUUAAUAAUUAUUCGAAAUUCGAAAUCUUUGUAAGUUUGGAUAUAUAAAUACAGAAAAUUUGUUUGCAGCAUC